CAUAGAGUGAAACAAAGCAGCCACACAAUCUUUCUCAUAUGCUUCCCUGCUUCUAACACUAAAAUAUAAAAACCAGUAGAGAAUCACCAAAUCAAUAAAAGAAGAACACCAUGGUCUGAGCUCAACAUUAAACCAUAAAUGAAGACAAUAUUCACACUCAGCUCCCAAUUCAACUUCCUACCAGUUGUAACAUGCUCCACUCUCCCCAACCCAUCUCCAAAAAAUCCAUACAAGUCAAUACAAUUCACAACACCCAUAGCCCAAGAACCCUUGAAACAUAAGCUAAACCAUGCAUCUGCAAAUGGGCAUCUAAGGUUUGCUGUUGUCGGAGCUGCAUCGCUGGGAAUUGCGUUGCUUGUGAUGGGGAUGGAUGAUAGCAGUAGGGCAUUGGCUUUGGGACCUGAAGGUCCAUUGAUGGAGGAGUUUUGGGAUAAUGUCAGGAGAUAUGCACUCUAUGCACUGACUGUCAGUACAGGGGCUCUUUGGGCUCUUUUAGAGCCUAUUGUGGAGUUGCUCAAGAAUCCAGUUUCUGCUGUGCUUGUUAUUCUUAUUCUUGGAGGUGGCUUUUUCAUUGUUUCUCAGGUUUUAUCUGCCAUGGUUGGUGUCACUGAUUUCAGUUAUGAUUAUGGUUACUAGAUGUAAACUUUUCGUUUUAACUAUUGCGAAUUUUGUA